AUGGCCGAGAGCGAGCCCGGGGAGCGGCGGGCGGCACCGGGCACCGAGCCGGGCACCGAGCGCAUCACCGAGCCGGGCACCGAAUGCAUCACCGGGCCGGGCACCGAGCGGGGCACCGAAUGCAUCACCGGGCCGGGCACCGAGCGCAUCACCGAGCCGGGCACCGGGCCGGGCACGGCGGGGUGGCCGCAGAGGCCUCCCUACUCGUUCGUGGCGCUGAUCACCAUGGCCAUCCGGGCCAGCCCCGGGCAGCGGCUGCCCCUGAGCGGCAUCUACGCCUACAUCGCGGAGCGCUUCCCCUUCUACGGCGGCCCCGGCCGCCAGUGGCAGAACAGCGUCCGCCACAACCUCAGCCUCAACCCCUGCUUCCGACGGCUGCCCUGCCGCCGCGGCCGCCCCGGCGAGUGGGCGCUGGACCCCGCUUUCCAGGACAUGUUCCCGGAGGGGAAUUACCUCCGCCGCCGCCGCCGCUCGUCCGCACCGCCCGCGCCGCCCUCCGGCAUCCCGCCGGACCCCGCCGCGCCCUGGGCCCCGCCGAACCCCGGGAUGGCCUCGCUCCCCGGGAUGGCCUCGCUCCCCGGGAUGGCCUCGCCCUCCGGGAUGGCCUCGCUCCCCGGGAUGGCCUCGCUCCCCGGGAUGGCCUCGCCCCCCGGGAUGGCCUCGCUCCCCGGGAUGGCCUCGCUCCCCGCAGCUCCCUGGCUCCCGCCGCCCCCCGGGAUGGCCUCGCUCCCCGGGAUGGCCUCGCUCCCCGCCGCUCCCUGGCUCCCGCCGCCCUCCGGGAUGCCCGCCGAGCCCCCGCAGCUCCCCGAGAUCCGCCCGGGCCCCGCCGCUCUGUGGCCCCCGCCGCCCUGCCCGCUGCCCUCCGGCUGGCCGCCGGGGCCCUGGGCAGCGCUGGUGCUGCCCCGCCGCUCCCCGGAGCUGCCGGCCCGGAGCCCGGCCGUGCCCCCGGGGCCGCCGCUGCCUGCCUGGGAGCUGCGCCCCGCCGAGCCGGACACGGCGGUGACCGGCGACCGGGGGGCCAGGCUGCCCCCCGCCUUCCGAUGA